ACAUGAUGUCAUCUCCAAGGUUUGCCGUCUGUGUGACAUGGUUGUUCUUGUGUAAAAUGGCUCAUGCAACUGAUCUGACUGUGCAUCAAGAGAGACUUUUUGUGUCAGUCAAUGUUGGAGACAACAUUACUUUGCAAUGUUUCCAUCAGAAUAAGGUUAGAAUUUGGCUUCACUGGUAUAAACAAACCCUGGGACAACAACCAAAGCUGAUCUCCACCUUCUAUACGUACAACAAAAAAGGCAAUUUCCAUCAUGAAUUUGAGAACAAUCCACGCUUCACACUGAAUACUGAAAAAGAUCAAAAUCACUUGACAAUUAUUGAUUUGAAAAUGUCAGAUUUAGGAACUUACUACUGUCGACAGAGCACUUCAUAUGUGUUGACUUUUGCCGAAGGCACAGUUGUCAGUGUGCAGGGUUCAGGUUUGACCGUCCCAGCUUUGCUCCAUCAGUCACCAUCAGAGACCAUCCAGCCAGGAGGCUCUGUGACUCUGAACUGUACAGUACAAACUGGGACCUGUGAUGGACAACACAGUGUUUACUGGUUCAAAGACUCUGAAGAAUCUCAUCCAGCACUCAUUUACACUGAUGGAGGCAGCACUGAUCAGUGUGAGAGGAAACCCAACACAACCCAACGCUGUGACUACAACCUGCCGAUGGAGAGCCUGAAUCUGUCUCAUGCUGGGUCCUACUACUGUGCUGUUGCCUCGUGUGGACACAUUCUGUUUGGAAACAGGACCAAACUGGAUAUUGAGUAUGAGAGCCACCAUCUUGUCCUGGUGUAUUUUUUUAAUGGAGCUUUGGUAUUCACCACCAUCCUGGUUGUUUUACUGGGUUUUUUGGUCUACAAGCUAAAAAAGAAAAUGAGCUGUCAAUGUUUGGAGUCUGUCGCAACCGUAUCAGCUCCCUCCACAGGAAGCACAGAGGUGAACUUCAACUAA